UCCUUGGCCUAAUAUAAGGCGAAGUGCGGAGACCCAGGUGCCCCACACACCGAGAUCAACAUGGUUAACGAUACUGUCGUCCUCGACGAGAAGACCGGACAUAUGGAUGCGGCGGCGCUGCAGAAUGCUGCGGCCGCCGAGGCAGUCGAGCAUAACAUGACGCUGGCAUCGGGGUGGCGAACGCAUCGGCGCGCUAUCUUCUGGUCGAUGGCCCUCUCCUUCGCCCUCAUCAUGGAAGGUUAUGAUGUCGUCGUCAUUGGCUCGUUCUACGGUCACCCAUCGUUCCUACAACGCUUUGGAGUGCCGGCGCCGGACUCGCCUAACGGCUACGUGAUCCCCGCAGAGUGGCAGAGCGCACUCUCGAACGGCUCGAGUGCGGGCGGCAUCAUUGGCCUUCUCAUCAACGGCUGGGCCGCGGACCGCUUCGGGCCCAAGAUCGUCAUGCAGGUCUCGAUCAUCGCACUUACCUGCUUCAUCUUCCUCUUCGUGUUCGCCCAAAGCCUCACAAUGCUUGUCAUUGCCGAGGUGUUCUGCGGCAUCCCAUGGGGAGUGUUCCAGACUCUCACUACGACAUACGCGUCGGAAGUCUGCCCCAUCCAGCUUCGCGGCUACCUCACCGCUUAUGUCAACCUGUGCUGGGGUGUCGGCAUCCUCCUGUCCUCGGGCGUAGUGAAGGCGACGCUGGACAUUGAAGGCGAGUGGUCCUGGCGCCUCCCUUUCACCCUUCAAUGGAUGUGGGUGAUUCCGCUGUUCAUUAUCGUGUGUUGCGCGCCCGGCUCGCCGUGGUGGUUCGUACGCAACAACCGACUUGAGGACGCCGAGAAGGCUCUCCGCCGCCUCACAAACCCAGAAUACGUCAGCGAGCAGGACAUCAAGAACAAUGUCGCAAUGAUGGUCCACACCAACGAGCUCGAGCGCUCCAUCGAAGAGGGCACGAGCUACAUCGAGUGCUUCAAAGGAAUCGACCGCCGCCGCACCGAGGCGUCCAUGAUGGUCUUCGCGAUGCAACUCCUCAGCGGACAAAAUCUCAUCGGGCAGGGCGUUCAGUUCCUCCAGCAGGCAGGCAUUGGCACCAACCUCUCCUUCAGCCUAAACAUGGUCCUCAAUAGCAUGUUUGUCAUUGGCACGUUCUUCUCCUGGAUUGCGCUGUACUUCUUCGGCCGCCGCACAAUCUAUCUUUCCGGCAUGGGCCUGAUGUCCGUAGUGCUCUUCAUUAUCGGCGGCCUUGGCUGGGUGGGCAAAGACUCGCCGCGGGGCACGGACACGACGUAUGCGAUCGGCGCGCUCCUCAUCGCCCUCAACUUCUGCUACAACUCGUCCCUCGGCCCCGUGUGCUACACGCUCAUCGGCGAGCUCUCGUCCACGCGCCUCCGCCAAAAGACAAUUGCGCUCUCCCGCAUCGCGUACCAGAUCAUGAACAUCACCUGCGGGAUUAUCGUGCCGCGCAUGCUCUCGCCGACGUCGUGGAACUGGGGCGCGAAGAGUGGUAUCUUCUGGGGCGCCAGCGCGUUUCUCUGCACCGUGUAUAUCUGGACGCGCAUCCCCGAGACGCGCGGGCGUAGUUAUGCUGAGUUGGACCUGCUCUUCGAGCACCACGUGCCGGCGUGGCGGUUCAAGGGGACCAAGGUCGACCAGUUUGGGACGGACGCUGGGAUUGACAAGCCAGAAGUUGUACACCUCGACUCGAAGCCCCGGGCAGUGCAAGUGGAGCGGGCAACGUAGUGCUUCCGGACUGGAGUGGAGAGUAAUUAUAAAGCGUAUGCAGUCUUUCGAUG